GCGCUACCGCGCACGGGUGCGCCGUCGCUAUGGUAACCGCGGAAGCCAGGGACCUGGGGAGCGGUAUUUUGGGAGUUAAUGGAGCCAGAAGGACCUCCAGAAUCAGAGAGUUCAGAAAAAUCAGUAUUUUUCUCACAGCAAGAUGAUGAAGAAGAAGAAGAUGAAGAAGAAGCGAAAGAACCAGAGGAAACAGCCACUCUUAAUCCUCUCUUACAACCUGCUCUCACAGGGGAUGUAGAAGGUUUGCAGAAGAUUUUUGAGGAUCCUGAGAACCCUCAUCAUGAACAGGCCAUGCAGCUCCUCUUGGAAGAAGACAUCGUUGGGAGAAAUUUGUUGUAUGCAGCUUGCAUGGCUGGGCAAAGUCAUGUGAUUAGAGCUUUGGCAAAAUAUGGUGUGAACCUGAAUGAAAAAACCACCAGAGGUUACACCCUCUUACACUGUGCCGCAGCCUGGGGUCGUUUGGAAACUUUGAAAGCACUGGUGGAGUUGGACGUUGAUAUAGAAGCGCUGAACUUCCGGGAAGAAAGAGCACGCGAUGUUGCUGCUCGGUAUUCCCAGACCGAGUGCGUUGAAUUCCUGGACUGGGCAGAUGCAAGGCUGGCUCUGAAAAAAUAUAUUGCAAAGGUCUCUGCAGCGGUUACAGACACAGAAAAGGGACCAGGGAAGCUCUUUAAGGAAGACAAGAAUACCAUCCUCACUGCAUGCCAUGUAAAAAAUGAGUGGUUGGAAACCCAUUUGGAAGCUUCCAUUAACGAGAUUUUUGAACAGAAACAACAAUUGGAAGAUACCGUGACUCCUAUCUUCACAAAAAUGGCAACACCACGUCAAGUGAAAAGUGCCAAAUCUGUAGCCUAAGCCAUGGUCAGAAAAGAAGUCAAUCAAGAUCAUACCUUCUACUGAAUAUAUAUUUUAUAAAAGACCACACUUCCUUCUAGUAUUUAUAAAAGCAAACUUAUUCAAUAUGCCAGUUGAAGUAAAGAAAAUCAAUGUGAGGUUUUAUAAAAAGGUUUAAGUAUGAAAUUAAAUCACCCUUUUUAAAAUUUUACCCUAUUCAGCAUGCUUAUGUCCAGACACUCUGGCCUUGUCUCUGCUCCAAGUGCAGGUCCGUGUGAGUCCCGCAUGCUCUUUCCAGAGAGCACUCGGGUACGAAUCACUCACCAAGGCUCUCUGGGAGCUCUAAUGUCUAUAUAGGGAAUCUAACAGUUUUCUUUGUAACUGAGGCAGGACAUUUCCAUUCAACUGAGGAAUUGUUAAAAAAAAAGAUGUAUUACCUAGGAAAAAUUUGUUCUCCCUCUCUCAAAAGGAAAGCUAUAGAAUGCCAUUCUAGAGCAAGGAAAUAUUAAGAAUGGUUUGGAUCAGGGUCCUUUUCUUGUACAGCUAUUACUUUUUACGUCCAAAUUAAAAUUUACCUGUGAGGUGGUAUUUAGUCUUUUAGUGAAACCUUCAUUUCUUUAUCUUUAACCUCCACCUCCUUGGUCUGUCUCUCUAUACACACACACACACACACACACACACACACACACACCCAUAUUUAGAUUUCCCAUAUUCUGUAGGUUUGGCAAUAUAGAUAUUUCAGCGGGACUCCAUGGUAUCUUUCUUUCUGUUCUGUUUUAUACUUUUUAGGUUUUAAGUAUCACUGCUGGUUUCAUAUUAGUGAUUUGGAAUGUCGUUUUUUCCUAGUUUAUCUGAAAGCCCCCGAGACUUCCAUUACUUUUGAUUUUGUGGAAAAUUUUUAUAGAAAGAACAUGUUUUUAAAAAAAACCCCACAUUUAUUUGUUGUUCUUAAUGACUUUCUUUUUUGUCCUACCCCAAAAGCUAGUUUUUCAUUAUAGAGGGGAAGGAAAAGAAAUAAGCAAUUCAGUAAUUCCUUGUCAGUUGACACUUUCUCAGCCAUGGUUUUGAGAUAACACUUUUAAAAUUUGUGUCACAAAUUUUUAAGUUUUGAGAUAAUUUUUAUGCAUGAGCGAUUGAGUUUCAGUUGCCUUCAGCAAAAGAACAGGGCAGUAACUGCCACUCCCCUCUGGUAGACCCAGUGGAGUCCCACGAAGAAGGAGGUCUGCCUGUAUUUGCUCAGUUCUCCUGCUGUGCGCUGCGAAGUCCGUUACCUUUAAGCACCACAGCAAUUUGGGACAAGGCUAGUUGCCAUUUUUACUGUUUCUGCUCUAACUUUCUGUUUUCUGAGCCUUGAUCUUGAAUAUGACAUGACUUCCCAGGCCUAUGGUCCUGGUAAUUAGGGGAGGAUUCUUGAAUCUCACUUCAAAGAUUCCUAGAUAAGACUGAGACACUUGUGGAGAUGCCUAGUACAAAAUAAACCUCUCUCUCCUUUAUUUGUCUUUCAAUCCUUAUCUUCAAACUUCUUGAAGCUUUUAAUGUAUAUGGUCAUGUUGUCUUCUGGAAACUCCUUGAUUGCCGCAUUUUUGUCAUUAUGGUUCCUUUACCUUCUUCUUCUUCUUCUUUUUUUAAAUUAUUUAUGAGAGAAAGAGAGAGAGAGUGCAAGCACAGGUGGG